UAAUUCCACUUUUUCCGUUUGAUGCGACCUUGCUAGCGAUGUGAGAGAACAUGAUAUAUACGCUUCAACCUUCUUAGGUCACCCUCUGGCCCGUCUUCAAGCCCUCUAAGCACAUUCAAAAGACACCGUAUUGGUUGCCUUCCUCAUGGAAACCUCCUUUCGGCUAGAUCCCACAGGCGAAGAAGCCCGGGACAUGCUCGCGACCACCCAGCACAUUGACAGAGAGAUCCAAGAAGCCCGACGUCUGCGCGACAUCAAGGAUGCACUGUUAGAACCGGAGGAGCGGAUUUGGGUUGAUUAUACGGUCACGGAUGUGGAAGACGCCCUCAAGUCGGUGGUUCGGCUGCUGGAGCCUUGCCGGGUUGGGCUCGAGACUGGGGCUGGAAAAAGCACGCUUAGUGUGGGAAAGCGUUUGCUUUGGGCCUUGAAGGAUGCGCAGCGAGUGCGAGCACAUCACUCACGCCUGGUUGUCUGCCACCAGAGCCUCGUCACUGUUAUCACCUUCCUCCAUAGCCGUGAGGCCACAAUCGACCGUGUUUCCGACAAGGCUGUCCUCAGGGAUCAGCAGGUCAUGCAUGACGCAAAACGCCACACUCCCAGACUCUCCAGUACUGAGCUAAGUCAGAUGCUAUCCUGGAGGCAGAGUAAGCAAAAGUUCCACCACGAUGUGAAAGAAAAUGGGGAGGCGGCGGAGUUAGAAUGACGGUGCAAGGAUGGCAGAUGGGAAGAGCGCAUUACCAUUUCAGCCAGAGAGUGGGAAUGAAAAUCUCAUUGAACUGGACUGGUCUAUGCUGUUUUGUUUGUGUGCCCAUGACUCUCCUCCCACGGGUUUGCUCGGUGAAAUAAUGGU